CAUCUGUGUCUCUCUCUCUCUCUCUCCACACACACAUAUACACACACACACACACACAUACACAGAGUACAUAUAAUUAGCCAGAGGUAUGGUGGAGGAAGAGGAUCGAAAAACCCCAAGACGACUUUCACUUAAAAACCAUCCUAAUUUUAAUAACUAUCCCAAUUGGAAAGAAAAGCUCAGAGAAAACUGUUGCAAAAGGGUUCGAGAGAAUCGAGCAAGCUUGCUUUGGAAAUUGAGGCUACCUGAGACUAAGGACCAAUCUCCCAGUGAUAAGGAGUUUAUCAAAUCAACCUUCCAGGAUAUAGUUUCUGAUGAAUUAAAAAAAAUUAAAGACUAUUCUUUGAUUUCUCUUGGGACCUCAACUGCCCUUGAAGCCAAUGAUGCAAUAUGGGAAUAUGAUGGUACUCAUACAGCUUAUCAAGGGGAAUGUGAAGAGAUAUUGUUAGAAAUGCAAAGGAUCUUUUACGAGGAUAUUGGUAUGGAACCAAGCAGAAGAGAAUCAGAAAACCAUACCAGAAUAUGGGAAGAUGAAGAAGAUGAGUAUUUGGCUCGUGCAGUGUAUGAGCAUAUGAAUCUGAAUGAUAAGCAGGUGCACGAGGUGAUCUGGUGCCCCAUCUGCAAGCAAGGAGAGUUGCAAGAGAACUACUGUCAUAUUUAUUGCACCCUUUGUGAACUUAAACUCAACAGAGACAACGAGGUUACUUUGGACUUGUUGCGGAUUCGGUUAGCAGAUGCUUAUGGAGAACAUCUUAACAAGGGAUGUAGAUUGAAACCCAAGAUCUGCAUCAAAACUAGAUUCGAGUUGACUGCACUGUACAUCGAGUGUCAAGGAUGCAAUACUUUUGAAGUUGUAAUAUAGCUAAUGAGUUUUUGUAGGAAAGCAUCAAAGUUUUGUUACAUUGGCUGUACGUAAUAGACUCUUCUAACCUAUGACUUCAGUUCGGUUUUAUCAAACUAUAUAGUAUGUCUUUGUUUUGCUGCCUCUCUGUGUAUAUGCAUUACAUACAGAUGUGAGAUAUGUAUAUAGACAUGUAGCUGUAUGACAAUGGAUAUUUCUUUA